UCACUGUCUAUGUUAUUGUACCUUCUCUUUCACUUUCACUUUCUCUUCUCUUCUCUUUGUGGUCCUUCAUUAGUACUCUAUUUCCCUAUUUAUAGCUCUCUAUCACUUUCCCCAAUUCUUCAUCUCUCCAUCCCUCCCUCCCUCCUCUUUAUAUCUUACACUACUACUUUAACCUCUCUUCGAUCUUCCUUCCUCUUAUGUACACAUUUCAUUGCCCCUCAAAAUAACUGAGAUAGUUUAAGAGAGAGAAAGAGAGAGAUUCAGAAUGUCUAGAAGAGGAUCAAGGCAGUCUGGGAAUUCAAGGAUCACCGAUGAUCAGAUCAUUGAACUUGUUUCCAAGUUAAGGCAACUCCUCCCUGAGAUUCAACAAAGGCGUUCCGAUAAGGUUUCAGCAUCAAAGGUGUUACAGGAGACAUGCAACUAUAUAAAGAACUUGCACAGGGAGGUCGAUGACUUAACCCAGCGAUUGUCGCAGCUUUUGGCUACAAUUGAUGCGGAUAGUCCUGAAGCUGCCAUUGUCAGGGGUUUAAUUACGUAAUUAUAUAUUAAUUAAAGUACUUAAAAAAUUUGUAUUAUUAAAACUUAACUAGCUUUCCUAGCUACUAUAUAUUUCUCCUUACUUUAUGAUGUGAUUUGUUACUGUUUGUUAGUUAGAUUUUGGUCACUAUAUAUAGACCAAACUGAGUGUUACGAGUAAUUAAUUAAGUUUGCUUGUGCUAGCAAAUUGGCUCUUGUUAUUA